AUGUCACAUGUCUACUCUUUAGAUAACAGCAUCAAUAGCUUUUUUGAAGCACAAUCUGCCACGCGCCGAGAAUGCGACGAGAUGGCCCUCAAACUUGUCGGUGGCCAAAUAAAACCUAGCCCAAUUCAAGGUGCCUUUAGCUAUACCGUCAUAGCUGGAGCAGCCCAGUCGAAGAUAGUGCAAUUCAGAGCCCAAUCUUCGCUUCUUGAUAUGGAUGCUUUAAGUCUCGCUCAUCGGAUUCAUCCACAGACUGUUGUGCCUGUCACAUUUCACAAUACAAUUGGUGACGAGGAGAGUUCACCUCUUACGGUAUAUGUUAUGGACAGGAUUUCCGGAGUUACUAUUAUCGAAGCGGGAAUGAUCAACGAAGAUACCGAGGGAGAUAGACUUGUAGCUGAGUCGGGGAGAAUUAACACGAUUAAAGAUUUUGCGCGGUUUUUCGCCGAAGCAUGGAAAUCCCCACAACCUCUAUCCGUAUCCCAAAGAACGGCCAUUCAUCUCCAACAAACCCAAGAUUUAGAACACCUCAUCAACUCACUGCCAUCACACUUCACUGACACCUUUGUACAACUUCAACAGGACUUGCAGCUUCUGUUUGCAGAUGAGUUUCCAGCAGUACUCAGGCAUGAUGAUCUCUGUGAGCUGAACAUUCUUGUCGACCCAGAAACUGGAAGCAUUACGAGGAUUAUCGACUGGGCCGAUGCCAGUAUCCUUCCGUUUGGCUGUGAUCUUUACGGUGUACUAAAUGUAAUGGGGUGGAUGGAUAUGGAUGGGUGGCGCUGGCAUAAUAACCACCGCGAAUUGGAGAAAACGUUCUGGAAUACCUUUCAAGAGGAGAUUGGAGGUAUAGACGAAGGACAGAGGGAGAGGAUUAGGAUUGCCAGUGUACUGGGAAUCUUUUUACGGUAUGGGUUUACGUGGGAUAUGGAAAUGAGAAAACGACCGAUCGUAGUGGGAGAUGGAUCAUUUAAGUAUUUGAAUGCGUUUGUGGGGGGGAGUGGGGAGGGGAUGUUUGGGGUUAGAGGGUUGUAG